ACUCGCAAAAUUUUAGAUGGAAUCAAUUCCAUCUCAGUUCUUUACUUCCUUUUUUUUUUUUUGUUUAUUUAUUUAUUAUUUAUGUGUUUCCCCCUGCCCUCUACUUUUCUUUUGUUCACUUUUUCUGUUUCACAGUUCCUCCAGCGCUCUUACACAGCACGAAACACAGAGCAAAAGCAGAGGAGAGCGAAUAGAGAGGGAGAGGAUCGAUCUAGCAAACAAUGGGAUGAGAUGGAAGAAAGAGCAGCUGUUGAUCGUUCGUCAGUCGCAGCUGCAAAUCAAAACGCAUAUCCCGUUUUGAUAGUAUCUGCUAGGUACAAAGAUUUAGAGAUACAGAGCUCCCCUUGUCUUUGAAAUUGAGUUGGUUGGUUUAAGUUUUAAGUCACAUCCAUCCGGUUCUUUGUUGGCUCUGUAACGUGGCUUUUUUGUUAUUCUUCUGCGGAUUGGGCUUCUGAGGUGUUCUCAGCCAGAGCCAUGGCGACCUUAUCCCAUUCGGAGUCUAAGCGCAUGUAUUCUUGGUGGUGGAGUAGUCACAUAAGCCCCAAAAAUUCUAGAUGGCUUCAAGAGAAUUUGACAGAUAUGGAUUCUAAAGUCAAAGCAAUGAUCAAGCUCAUUGAAGAAGAUGCAGAUUCCUUUGCGAGGAGAGCAGAGAUGUAUUACAAGAAGCGUCCUGAGCUUAUGAAAUUGGUUGAAGAGUUUUAUCGAGCAUACCGUGCUUUGGCCGAAAGAUAUGAUCAUGCAACUGGGGAACUCCACCAGGCCCACCAGACUAUUGCAAAAGCAUUCCCCAAUCAAGCCCCCUUGGUACUGGCUGAUGAUUCUCCAGCUAGUUAUUCCACUGAGGUUGAUCCCCGAACACAUGAGAUGCAAGGACCUAUACGUUUGUUGUUUGACCUUGAUGAGUCGCAAAAGGAUACUUCAGGACUUUCUUCAUCCAAUUUCCAUGCUGCCAAAUGGAAUGAUGCUUUUACUGGGGAGUCUGAUUCUGUUACAAGCAGAAAGGGUUUGAAACAGCUUAGUGAUAUGUUUGGAUCUGGAGAAGCGGCACCCAACCAUGCAAAGUUUGCUGAAGGCAGGGUGAGAAAAGGCCUUAAUUUUCAAGAGGCAGAGGAGAAAGAGCAAAGUGUUCAAAACAGCGACAACCAUUACCCUAAGGCUCAAGUCCUUUCUGCAUCUGAGACUGUGUGUAAAUCAGAUGAAGAAAUUCAGACUUUAAAGGAAUCCCUCGCUAGAUUAGAAGCUGAGAAGGAUGCUAGCCUUGCUUGUUAUCAGCAGAGCCUGGAGAAGCUGUCUAAUCUAGAGUUGGAAGUCUCCCAGGCAAAAGAGGAUUCCAAGGGACUCAGUGAACGAGCUAGCAAAGCCGAAGCUGAAGUUCAGGCUUUGAAGGAAGCUCUCACCAAGCUAGAGGCUGAAAGAGAAGCUAGUCUUCUGCAGUACCAUGAAUGUUUGGACAGGAUAUGUAAUCUUGAGAAUAGUGUCUCCUGCGCCCAAGAAAAUGCUGGAGAACUUAAUGAGCGGGCUAGUAAAGCCGAAAUUGAAGCCCAAGCCUUGAAGCAUGAACUUUCUAAAUUAGAGGGUGAAAAAGAUGCAUUCCUCCUACAGUACGGACAGUCUUUGGGGAUGAUAUCCAAGCUGGAGAACAAGCUAUUGCAUGCUGAGGAGGAGGCUGCAAGGAUUAUCAAGCGAGCUGAUAAAGCUGAAAGCAAAGUUGAAAACCUGAAGCAAGCACUUGCCGUGUUAACUGAAGAGAAGGAUGCUGCUGCACUUAAGUGCCAGCAGUACUUGGAGAAAAUAUCUUGUCUAGAGCUUAAAAUCUCUUUUGUGCAAGAGGAGGCCCAGAGGCUUAAAGGUGAGAUUGAUGAUGGAAUUGCAAAGUUAAAGGGUGCUGAAGACAGGUGUCAACUCUUGGAGAUAUCAAAUCAAUCCCUGCAUUCUGAAGUGGAGUCUAUGGUGCUGAAAAUGGGGACUCAAGGUCAAGAACUUACAGAGAAGCAUAAGGAGCUGGGGAGACUUUGGACUUGCCUGCAAGAAGAGCAUUUGAGAUUCAUGGAGGCUGAAACUGCCUUCCAAGCUCUGCAGCAUAUCCAUUCUCGAUCCCAAGAAGAACUAAGAACUCUGGUUGCAGAACUUCAGAAUGGGGCUCAAAUUUUGAAGGACAUGCAGUCUCAUAAUCAGAGUUUACAGGAUGAAGUCCAGAAGUUCAAGGAGGAGAACAGGAGCCUGAAUGAACACAAUUUAUCCUCGGCUCUUUCAAUAAAAAAUAUGCAAAAUGAGAUCCUUGGAUUAAGGGAGACAAGAAAACAUCUUGAGGAGGAGGUUGAACUCCGGGUUGAUCAAAGAAAUGCUCUUCAACAAGAAAUUUACUGUCUGAAAGAGGAACUGAAUGAGUUGAACAAGAAACUCCAGGUUGUGUUGGAGCAGGUCGAAUAUGUAGGCUUGAACCCAGGAUGCUUUGGGUCAUCUGUGAAGGAAUUGCAGGAUGAGAACAUAAAGCUAAAGGAAAUCUUCCAGAAUGAAAGAAGUGAGAAAGUAGUUCUUUUGGAGAAGUUGGAAGCCUUGGAAAAAGUUUUUGAGAAAAAUACACUCUUGGAGAAUACACUUUCAGAUUUGAGUGCUGAACUGGAAGGGGUUAGAGAGAAGGUUAGGGCAUUGGAAGAAUCCUGCCAAUCACUUAUUGGAGAUAAAUUGACUCUCGUUGCAGAGAAAGGCACUGUAAUAUCUCAGUUGCAGAUUGUGACCGAGAAUUUGGAGAAACUCUCAGAGAAGAAUACCCUUCUGGAGAAUUCUCUUUAUGAUGCUCAUGCUGAACUUGAAGGAUUGCAGGCUAAAUUGAAGAGCUUAGAAGAUUCAUGCAUAAGGCUUGAUAAUGAAAAAUCUGCCCUUAUUACUGAGAGAGACUCUUUAGCUUCUCGGUUUGAAAUCACUCAGAAAAGACUGGAAGACGUGGAAAAUGGGUUUACAAAAUUAGAAGUGAAGCAUUUUGAUCUUGAGAAAGAGAGAGAAUCUGCAUUUCAAAAACUCAAAGAGCUAUCAGUAUCCUUGGAUGUUGAGAAGCAGGAAUGUGCAAGGUUUACCCAGUCAAGUGAAAACCGGCUGGCUGGCUUGGAAACUCAAAUCCAUCUCCUACAAGAAGAAAGUUGGAGUAGGAAGAAAGAAUUGGAAGAAGAACGAGAUAAAGCGGUGAAUGCACAAAUUCAGAUCUUCAUUUUGCAGAACUGUGUUCAGGAUGUGGAAGAAAAGAAUGUCUCUCUGUCAAUUGAGUAUCAGAAACUCUUGAAAGCAUCCAAAUUGUCGGAGAAACUAAUCUCUGAAUUGCAGCAUGAGAAUCUUGAACAAGAAGUGGAAUUGAAAUCUUUAUUUGACCGCAUAAAAAUAUUGAGGAUUGGAAUGUCUCGGGUUUGCGAGGCACUUGACAUAGAUUCAGACUUCAAAUGUGCAGAUGAAAAUGAGUCUGAUCGACUGCUUCUGAACAGUGUAUUGUGCAAAAUUGAGGAUGCAGAAAAAUCUCUUUCUAAAACCCAUGAUAAAAUUCAGCAGCUGGCCAUUGAAAAGUCAGUUCUAUUCACGCUGCUUGGGCAACUGAGAUUAGAGACUGCAAAUCUGGUGACAAAGAAAAACACCAUUGAUCAGGAGUACAGGAUCAUCAUUGAGCAGUUCUCUGUGUUGCAGAGAGAUUCCCACAAACUUAUGCAGAUGAAUGAAGAACUAAGAUUGGAAGUAUGGGAGGGAAACCACAAAGAAGAGGUGCUAACAGCUGAAAUAGAAGAUCUACGUGGGAAGUUUUUGGAUUUGCAGGGAUUGUACCAAAAUUUAGAGAGAGAGAAUUCUAAAGUGCUUGAAGAGAAAAGAUCCUUGAUGAGGGAUUACCUAGACUUGGAGGAGCAGAAACAUUCUCUCGAAGAGGAAAACUAUGUUCUCUUUGGUGAAACAUUCUCUUUAACUAAUCUUUCUCUGAUAUUGAUGAACUUUGUUUGUGAGAAAUCCCUGGAACAGAAAGAGCUUGGUGAAAAUCUUGACAAACUUCAUGGAGUCAACAGCAACCUUGAGGCGACAGUAAAAUUACUGGAGGGCAAAUUGGAAACAGUGAACACAGAAAAUUUUCAUCUCAUGGAGUCGUUAGAAAAGUUAGUGAAAGAGCUGCAAAUACUGAGAUCAAUAAGUGAUCAGUUGAAUAAUGAAAUUUUAUGUGGAAAGGAUAUGUUACAUCAGAAGGAAGUGGAGCUUUUGGAAGCAGAACAGAAGCUCGAUACCUUGCAGAAUGAGAAAAAGGAGUGGCGUAAAACCAUAGAUGAUCUGAAGGGGGAGUAUAAUGAGCUCAAAGUGAUGAAAGAAAAUCACGAGAAUCAGGUUCUCAAACUAGCCGAAGACAAUUACCAUCAGGAGGAGGAGAAUAGGUGCCUUUAUGAGGCCAAAGUGCAAUUGAUGGCUGAACUAUGUAAGUUGUGUAAGGAACACGAGAAUAUUAAAAUUAGAGAAGAAAAUUUGAGUUCUGAUCUGGAAACAGGAAGAAAUGAGGUUGAAAUGUGGGAGAAUGAGGCUACGGCAUUCUUUGGUGAAUUGCUGGUUUGUGCUGUCCGCGAAGAGUUGCUCGAGGAGAAGAUUCAUGAGCUUACUGAAUUGAGUGAGAGCCUUCAGGCUGAAUUGAGUGAGAGCCUUCGGGCUAAAAGCAAUUUAAAAGCUAUGGAGAUUGAACUUCUCAAAGAAAGAGUUAGCACUUUGGAAGGUGAAAAUGGAGGAUUAAAAGCCCAGUUGGCUUCAUAUUUCCCCGCCAUUGCUGCCCUACGGGAUUGUAUAACAUCUUUGGAGAAUCAUACACUUCUGCACACAAAGCUCCAUGAAGCUGAUAAUGUGGAAGCAAAGGAUGCUGAGCCAAGUCAUCUACAUCCUGAAACCAGUCAAAAACUGUCUGAAGAUCAAAUUGCCAUGGUACCAGCUGGAUUUCGGGAUUUGCAGGAAUUGCAAAGUAGGAUUAUUGCCAUUGAGAAGGAACUGGUGGAAAUGGAGAGGCAGGCAUUGCAAGAAAAUAUAAAUGCAAAUGUUGAAAUUGAGGCUGGGAUGAGACAGAUUGAAGAGCUAAAAUCUGAAAGCUGCUUCAGUCAAGAAAAUAUUCAAACAAGCAGGUCUAGCAAUGAUCUUAAGCUGCCGAAACCUAUGCCUGUAAUCUGCAAUGCAGAAAAUGAGCUUCUGACAAAAGACAUUAUGCUGGAUGAGGUAUCUGAAUGUUCAUCAUACAGGAGACAGGAGAGAGAGAAUGUUGAUCAGCUGGUUGUGUUUUGGGAAACCACUGGUCAGGAUAACAGUAUUGAUCUGACUCUUGUCAAGGGAAAGAGGACUGUCACUGCAGCAACUGGAUGCCAUCAGAUUGAGGAGGUGGGGGAGCACAAGAAUGAACAUCCCUUUAACGGAACAGUGAUUGAGAAAGAGUUGGGCGUGGACAAAUUAGAGAUAUCCAAGAGAUUUACAGGGCAACCCCAUCAAGAAGGGAACGAGAGGAAGAUUUUAGAAAGACUCGCUUCUGAUGUUCAGAAGUUGACAAACCUUCAAAUAACCGUGCAAGAUUUGAAGAGGAAAGUGGACAUUACUGAGAAUAACAGAAGAGGAAAAGGUGUUGAAUAUAACACUGUGAAGGAGCAGCUGAAAGAGGCUGAGGCGUCUAUCCAGAAGUUGUUUGAUGUCAACAGCAAAUUGAUGAAAAACAUUGAAGAUAACUUAUCACCCCCUCGUGGAAAAUCUGCAAUGGAGUCUGACGAGAAUGGUGGGAGGGUCUCAAGGAGAAGAAUUUCGGAACAGGCACGAAGAGGAUCUGAGAAGAUUGGACAGUUGCAGUUGGAACUACAGAAGAUCCAAUUUGUUUUACUCAAACUUGAUGAUGAGAGGGAGAGGAAAGCAAGAACAAGAAUUCAUGAGCGGAAGACGAGAGUUAUCUUGCGAGACUAUCUCUAUGGUGGCAUAAGAACCACCUAUAGGCGAAGGAGAGCUCCUCUCUGUGCAUGUGUCCAACCUCCAACCACAGGAGAUUGAGGUUGCAUUAGCAUUUAAAUGGCCUAUAGUUUAAAAUCAGCGAGAAUAUUGUUCCCAUUGUUUAAAAUUUUCCUUGUAGAGAUGUUAGAACAGAGCAUGUGUUGCCUUUGUCUACGUAGAAAUUAGGAUGCGGUCUUAGUUCAGGGUAAUUGCUGUACAUGUUUCCAUCAAUAUUAGAUAAUAAUUCAAAUAUGCAAUCGAGAACUCUCUCAAGCUUAGCAA